GAUCGACCCCAGUUAAUCAUUAUACUUUUUACAUUUGCUAGGAUGGAAAAGGUACAUUUGCAAAGCUAUACGAGUUAUGUGAAAAUUGUAGGAACGUUAUUGUCGAUAUCAGGAGCAAUUAUAGCAACAGUUUAUACUGGCCCAUCACUUUUAUCGACCUCAAUGAACAUGGACUGGAUUAUUGGAGGAAUUUUACUUGCAUGCCAAUACUUUCUACUUUCCUUCUGACUAAUUGCCCAGGUAACAGUUCAAAUGAUGAAGUCUAUAUAUGUUGUUGAAAAAGAUAAGUGCUUCUAAAAAAACCCUUGGCAGGCAAAGAUUAUGUUGGAGUAUCCAGUGGUCCUGGUCGUAGUGUUUGUGUUGAAUAUAAGUGGAUUGUUUAUAGCUGGACUUGCAGCCCUGAUAAUGGCAAGAGAUUUAGAAGCUUGGAAACUAAGACUUGAUGUUAUUUUGGCCACUAUAUUGUACGUGGGUUUUUUAUUUGGAUUCGUUAAUGUUUUGGUACAAUUUUGGGUGUUGCGGUUGAAAGGUCCUCUAUAUGUAGCCAUGUUCAAGCCUUUAACAAUUAUAAUAGCAAUGAUCAUGGGUGUCUUAUUUCUUGGCGAUCCAGUGUAUCUUCGGAGUGUUUUGGGUGGUAGCAUAAUAACAAUAGGAUUUUACGGGGUGCUUUGGGGGAAAGGAAAAGAGGACGAAGAAGGUGCAUUGUCCGCUCGAACCACAACUACACCUCUACUCGAACCACAUGAUGCUUUAGAAGACGGUUCCUAAAUUUCCGAACCCACUUCGUUAUCCUGAUAAAACACUUUAUUAUAGAAGUUAUUUAAAAUAAUAUGAAGUAAGUAUUCAUAUUUCUUAAAUGGUUGCAUUUCCUUGUGUGUUAAUGUAAGUGGGUGUGGACUGUGUCUAUAAUAGCAAUAUAGCAUAUUGUAUGUCUUGUUUCAUUAUAGGGUAAGAACUAUAGACUCACAUGUUAGAUGUAAUUU